AUCCCUUUACAGUGAAACCCUCUUCCUUCUUGACGAAGCUGUGCCAGGCUUCAGGCCCCGGCCACGCCCCGGUACAGCCUAGGCUUGGCGCCUUCCAGGUCUACUCCAUCUUCUCCUGGCUUUUCCCUCUCGCCCCGCCCUCAGGGGAGGGGCUUCCUUUAGGCUACAAUAGGCCACGCCCCUUCCGUCCUCCCCGCUCUCGAGACUGUCUCUAAGGCCACGCCUCUGGUUCUCAUGGGCCCCGCCCCCUCCCCGCUCGGUUAGGGGCCGGUUGAGGGAGGGCGGGUGAAGUAGGAGGCUAGCGUGGGCGUCAGGCAGCGGAGCCUUCCUCCAGGGUCAUGAGAAGCCAAGCUUCUGGCCUUCGCCUCCCACUCCUGGCAGCGAUCCUGCUGGCCCCAACACCUGCCCCAUUCCCGGCUUCAGACCCUGAUGUCCCUGGCGCCCCACUUUCUCCAGCCGAAUACGAGCGCUUCUUCUCAGCACUGACCCCAACCUGGAAAGCAGAGACUGCCUGCCGCCUCCGUGCAACCCAGGGCUGUCAAAACCACAAACUUGUACAAUUGGACCAAUACGAAAACCACGGCACCCUGCCCCAGGGCUCUGUCUGCACAGACCUACCUUAUGCUUCCUGGUUUGAGUCCUUCUGUCAGUUUACCCAGUACCGUUGCUCCAACCGACUCUACUAUGCCAAGAGGGUCUUGUGCUCCCCGUCACCCCCACCUCUCUCAUCCCCUGAGACCUUUACCAGGAUGGACAGCACAACAGUCCCUUUUAGCCUGCCCCAUGUCACAACAGCAGAGAGCUCUGAAACCUAUCUGCCCUGGCAUGAACAGCUUCACACCAACAUGGAGGAGCUCCUGCAGUCCUCCCUCUCCUUGGAAGGGAAGGGGAGUGAGGCUCAUACAGAAUCUCCCAAUAAUCCCCCCUCUACCAGCCAGGUGAGAAAGGAGGACCCUAGACCUAUAGUGAUCGAGGGCAUCAAGGAACUCAUUCGAUCAGCCCAGGCCUUGGGGGGCCAGAACAAGACCACCCUAAAUGAUGAAGAUGAUUCUUCUGGAAGCACUGUCCCCAGCCAUCCUCAGGCAUCUUCCCCAAGUCUUCUCUCUCUGCCUGGGGAGGAGGCCCUGUUGGUGUUGUGUUACGCAAUCCUUUCAAGCAGCUGCCCCACUAUCCCUGUGACCAAAGCCUGGCAACAUAUUGAAGAACAGAUUUAUGGCUUCGGCAACACGGUGUGUGACAGCCUUGGGCGACGACACAUGGACACUUGCCAAUUUUGUGCAUUCUGCUCCCUGAAGCUAGAGCAAUGCCAGUCAGAGGCACCUCUGAAGCGGGAGUCUUGCAGUGAAAGCCACAGUGAAGAGUUCCUCAGCCCCCUGCUCUCUGCCCAGGAUACCACCACAGGCAUACAGGUAGGCCCUAUGAUGGAGGGCCGGUAUUAUGGGCUGGAAUUGUAUGGUGGGCUUCGCAUGGACUUCUGGUGUGGUCGGCUGGCCACGAAGGGCUGUGAGGACACCCGAGUCUCCAGCUGGCUGCAGACUGAGUUCCUCUCUUUUCAGGAUGGAGAUUACCCCUCCAAGAUCUGUGACUCGGACUAUAUGCAGUACCCCAACUACUGUGCUUUUAAAAGCCACCAGUGUCUGCUUCGUAACCAGGACAAGAAGGUAUUCCGCCUGAGAUGCUUGAAGAAUGAGACAUAUUCAGUACUGAACACAGCCAAAGGUGAGGAGGCUAUACUGCUCUGGAGCCAGGAGUUCAGCAGUGUAACCCUGGGCCACGGGGGGUGAACUUGGAAGCCAAAGAGAUAUCGGAGGUUAUGGUCCCUUACAUCCAUCCCAGCACUCUUCAUCCUCUAAGCUUUGCCCACUCCCAAGCCCUUGAAGCCUCAUUGCCCUUCAGCAAGAUCCUCAUCUCUCAGCCUGGCCUCAGCCACUCUGGCCCUCCCAGCCUCUCAUCAUCUGGUGCUUGAUCCCACUCUCAUAUUGUUCCUGCGAGCAAAGCAACAGAGAAGAAUGUUUGCUGUGGUGAUGAAGAAAUCCACCUACCU